CUCGUCGUGAAUGAGACGAGUGUUGAACGAGAGGUGUCUUUGCCUUCAAUUCAAUGACAAACUAAUCAUUCAUUUGAUUAUAUAUUCAAUGCUUUGGUAUUCAUAUUAAAGCUAAUCCUGUCUUCGGUUGCAAUCACUGGACAUGAAUCCCAACGACGAGACCACUGCUCAACACACGACACCCACGGACUGCCGGACCAAUUCAGUGACGAAUGAGGCGAAGAAGUCGAAGCAUAAGAACCGGAAGAAUAAGAAGAACAAAGAGGUUAGCCAUGAGAGCAACAACACGACGGCAGCACAUCCGCAGACCUGUUGCAGUGACUCUUCGCACAGUCAUAGUAAUCACGUGACUGAAGCGGACGGAGCGGUGGGCGGACAGCCGUCGGAGUCGGGCGAUCCGAAUGAGAUGAAUGCCUGGACUUAUAAUAAGCUGCAGGACAUCAAGAAAGCCGUCGAAAUGCUGAACCUCUAUCAGGGAUCGGGAUCUGCGAAGACACCGGAGGACGCCAUGAAGAAGAGGUACGAGUUCUGGGACACACAACCCGUUCCCCGACUCGACGAGACUCCCGAUGUGAACGAUGCCAUUGAGGGCCCAAAGACUGCCGAACAGAUAAAAGCCGAGUCUUUGAAUUUGCCGAAUGGCUUCAUAUGGGAUACGCUGGACAUCAACGACGAGCACACCUUAAAAGAGUUAUAUCUUCUGCUGAAUGAGAACUAUGUCGAAGACGACGACAAUAUGUUUCGCUUCGACUAUUCGCCGGAAUUCCUUCACUGGGCUCUAAAGCCUCCCAAUUGGCAGAAGGAAUGGCACGUCGGCGUCAGAGUCCAGAAGAGCAACAAAAUGGUUGGAUUUAUUAGCGCCAUUCCCGCCAGGAUUAAGGUCUACGAUAAAAUCAUAAAAAUGGUUGAAAUCAACUUCCUUUGCGUCCACAAGAAGUUGCGCUCCAAACGAAUGGCACCCGUUUUGAUCCGAGAGAUCACCCGUCGGGUGAACCUGACCGGCAUAUUCCAGGCCGUCUACACCGCCGGUGUGUUUCUGCCCAAACCUGUGGGCACCUGUCGCUAUUGGCACCGAUCUAUCAAUCCUAAGAAAUUGAUUGAAAUAAAGUUCUCGCACUUGAGCCGCAAUAUGACUCUUCAGAGAACUGUUAAACUCUAUAAACUUCCAGAGGAUAUCAAAAUCACAGGCUUUAGGAAAAUGCAAACAAAGGAUAUCAAGAAAGUCCAGAAGCUGUUGAACGCAUAUCUCAAUCGCUUCGAUCUCUCGCCUGUUCUCGACUACGAGGAAAUGGUUCACUGGUUUACUCCCAAAGAGAAUGUGAUCGACAGCUUUGUAGUCGAGAGACCAGUGGCUGAGGGAAAGAAAGGCGAGACUGAGAUCAUAGGGUUCGCCAGUUUUUACACUUUACCCUCAACUGUUAUGCAUCACCCGACCUAUAAGAGCAUUAGAGCCGCCUAUGCUUUCUAUAGCGUUGGCUCAGAGGAUGUCAGCCUUCAUGACCUCAUGCAAGACGUGCUAAUCGUCGCCAAAAACGCCGGUUAUGACGUAUUCAAUGCCUUAGACCUCAUGGAUAACAAGGAAUUCUUGGAGAAACUGAAGUUUGGUAUUGGAGACGGAAAUCUUCAGUACUAUUUGUUCAAUUGGAAGUGUCCGCCACUCACUCCUGAAAAGAUUGGACUCGUGUUACAGUGAAGUUCAGUUCAGAAGUCCAUUGAAAGUGAAGUUCAGUUUAGAAUAUAUAUUCAAAUGAAUUAUAUUUAUUGAUUAAUACUAUGAAAACACGUUUUCAAAUGCUUUGUAUUGACACAAAUUUCAAAUACAAUUCAUAUACAG